AUGACAUUCAAAAGCUCCAACUUGUCUCCAAGUACUUGCAAGACACGUCAACCACCGUGCUUUCACUCUGAGAAUCCCGCAACCUUUCUUGAAGGCAUGGACGCGAUGAUUCCUUCCGGCGCGACGUUCGCUGCGACGGCUCUCAUACUGGUAUUUUCUGCGCUGUUCGUUGUCAAGAUAGUAUCCGCUGGAUUCAGCCGCGAUGUUGUGUUUGUCAAGUUUUUCCAACGGCCGGUCGUCAUUCUGAAUUCCGUACAAGCCGCCCGCGACCUCCUGGGAAAGAGGGGGGCUAAGUACUCUGGGCGGCCGCGCCACACAUACAUAAACGAGCUGCUUUCUCACAGCGUCGGCUGGACGGGCAACAGUAGCUUCAGAACGAAUGAUGAGAUAUGGAAGCGUCAUAGGAAGUGGUACCAGCAUGCUGUCAUCACCCGAGUCGCACUGGACAGCUACCGUCUGCUUCAGCGCCGCGAAGCGGACCGGACGCUAUAUGACAUACUCCAGGACCCAGAGAAUUACAGGCACCACCUCAAACGGAUCUACAGGUACGUUGCCGGCGUUGCCCUUGAGAUAGCAUAUGGCCGGAGCAUCAAGAACACAGAGGACAAGUUCAUUCGACUCAUCGAGAAGGGCGCCGGCGAAGCACUCGAAGGGGGCGGAAGGGCCAGUGCACUGGUCGACUUCUUCCCAAUAUUAAGAUUCCUACCGUCUUGGGUUCCGGGGGCGGAGUUCCAGCGAUCUGCUGCACGUGCACGGCUUGCCGUUCGCGCUCUGGAGAACGAGCCAUAUACCAAGGCCGCUGGUACCGCCAAACAGUCAUUCACGAGGUCAUUGAUCGAGGAUUGUCUCGCGAAGGGUGCCCUCACGAAGGAAGAUGAGGAUCGCAUCAAGGGCGUCGCGGGUACGAUUUAUGUCGGGGCCUCCGAGACGACCUUGACCGUGCUGCUCACGUUCGUCCUGGAGAUGGUGUUGCACCCAGGCGUCCUCCAGAGAGUCCAGGAUGAACUUGACAGCGUUGUUGGUGACUCGCGCCUACCCGAUUUCGAGGACAGGUCGUCGCUUCCUUACUUUGAGAUCUGCCCUGCCGGACCCAUAGGGCUUCCACAUUACACCACAGAGGAAGACGUGUAUCGCGGCUAUUACAUACCGAAGGAUACUAUAGUAAUCGCAAACAUAUGGGCAAUGACUCGGGACCCGCAGUAUUAUGACGACCCAGAAGAAUUCCGCCCCGAAAGGUAUCUCGAUGACUCGAACAAUACGUGUAAGCCGGCGGAGCUCCAGGAUCCACAGGAGCUUGUUUUUGGGUUUGGCAGAAGAAUCUGUCCCGGACAACACCUAGCUGACAGGAACAUUUGGAUCGUUCUUGCCAGAAUGGCAGCCACCAUGGACAUUCGUAAAUCGCGUGACCGCGAUGGAAAGGAGGUCACUCCGAAUCCAAAAAUUGUCGGAGGGACUGUCUCGUACGCCGAUGUUAUCUGA